AACAGUAACGUAGAGCAGAGAGGGCGGUCAGAGACGAGCUGGGAGAUUCUUAUCAACCUGCAACAAGAUUAUUUUCAACGUUUCGAACAGUUUUAACCCGAGAAAAUAACUUUUAAAGUAAUUUCUUCGCUGAAAUUGGAUUUUAAAAGCGGACAGCGGGAUACAGUCGGAGGGAAACGACGAUUUAAAACGGAAAAGGGUUUAAAAGCUACUGAACAGUGAAACUCCGCCGACAACAGGAUGGAUUUUAUCACCUUCAACUGACUGAAAACGACCAGAACAUGUUGGAGAAACGAGCCGUGGAGUUCAAUGUGGAGGAGGAAGUCCGGGGGAAAAACGUGAAGGAACCGUUCUGCAGCCAGUAUCACUGUGGUUCUCUGCUCGGCAGAGGAGGUUUCGGUUCAGUGUUUUCAGGCCACAGACUCUCUGAUGGACUACAGGUCGCCAUCAAACAGAUUUCCAGUGACCGAGUUCAGCAGUGGGCUAGAGUGCCCGGUGAGGUCAGCCCUGUGCCCAUGGAGAUCGCUCUGCUGCAGCGGCUGUCGGAGGUCGGAGGUCACGACGGGGUCAUUGGCAUGCUGGACUGGUUCGAGGUGGAGGGGCAGCACUUCCUGCUGGUGCUGGAGCGGCCGGCUCAGUACCAGGACCUGUUCGACUUCAUCACGGAGAGAGGAGCGCUGCCUGAACACCUCGCUCUCAGGUUUUUCCGUCAGAUCGUGGAGGCGCUGCAGUUCGUGCACGCUCACGGCAUCGUGCACCGAGACAUCAAAGACGAGAACAUUGUGGUCGACACGAGGACGCUGGACGUCAAGAUCAUCGACUUUGGGUCGGGAGCUCCGCUGAAGGAGACGCCGUACAGCGAGUUCGAAGGGACCCGGGUCUACAGUCCUCCUGAGUGGAUCCUGUCUCAGUCGUACGAGGCCGUCUCUCUCACCGUCUGGUCUCUGGGUGUCCUGCUCUUUGACAUGGUCUGUGGCGACAUCCCCUUUGAGCGUGACCAGGAGAUCGUCAAGGCCACGCCCAGUUUCACCAGGCGGGUCUCUAAAGAAUGCCAGAGUCUGAUUCGCUGGUGUCUGUCGUACCGCCCAGAGGAGCGCCCCACUCUGGAGGAGAUCCUGUCUCACCCCUGGAUGGAGGGAGGGGAGGUGGAGGAGGAGGAGGGGGGAGGAGACCUGCAGGAGGACCGCAGCUCUCUACCCAGUCAGUCCCUCUAACAGCCCCACCCUCAAUAAACCUAAACCUGAACCUACAGGGCUCUGGACUCUGAGACUCUGUGCAGGACUGUGCUCGGCCAGCAGGGCGGCGACAAACUAAAAGCUCACACUGGACUCUAAAGGAGCAGAUCAGCGGCGUUUUCCUGUUUCAGCUCGUUAACCUCAUCCCAGUGAAGACUCACAGGACUUUAUUAUCUCUGAAACCUGAAGAGACGAGUCGUUAACGAGCUGAAACACGAGUCGGACGCCGUUAACCAUCCUCUAACGGGGAGUUAUUUAUUUCAAUCCGAGUUUGGCUGCAGUCGUCUGUUUAUUUAUCUCUGAACGCAGCAGGUUUGAUUCAGAUCCACUUCCUGUUUGGUUAUUUAUUGACCUGCUAUUUAUUUUUGAAGCUGUGGACCGUUUACUACGUCUGUUUAUUUUUAACAGCUGGGACAGAGCUGUGUCUCUGCAGUCAUUUCCUCUUUAUUUACCAACUCCACCACUGUCGCCUGAUGUAACUGAACCUGGAGAAAGAUGAUUCAGCUCAGGUUAAUAUCUGAGUGAAACAUCUGCACACUGAAUGAUUGUUUGAUGAUAUCAAACAAGGGAUGAUUUCUUUCUCAGGAAAAUGUUUGAAAUGUUUUCUCAGGUGAUUUCCUGACGUCUGAGCCCAGAACUUUCUCCAGUUCCUGAUUCGUUCAAACAUUUCCUCAAAAAACAAACAGUUACACAGAAACGGACUCAGAAAGUUUCCAUGUGAUCAUUUGGGAAUGAAGGGGCGGUCCAGUGAAGUUAGAGCAGAUCUCAGUUCAGUUUUUCAGCUCUGAGUUUCCUCCUGUGUUGUCAGGUCUGAGGAGGAUCCAGGUCCACACGUAUGUGGUUUGUAGUGACUCUGUUGAUGUCACUGUAAAUACUUGUGUAUUAAUCUGUGGUUUAAUGAUCAAAGUGGCUCCUCAGCCACUUGUUCCUGUUUAUUUACAUUAAAUAAGUUUUUAUGGAUCGAAGGAAAAAAGAUCCGACGCCUCAAUAAAAGAGUUUUUCACACUUUA